GCUUGUUAGGCUGGGCAAGCGAUAAGCUGAACUCCGCACUCGCUUGCUAUUCAUCUUAUCUCGCAGACACACACAGAGAGAGCGAGAGAAAGGACAACAGAAGGAAUGGUUGGGAGAGUAUUGGUAUCCUCACAGAAUGGCAACUGGUUCUUCUCUCCUUUAUCUUCAAUCAAUUCCAGAAGCAAGCAUGUUAAGGACCGACUCCGUAUUCCGAACCCUUUUUCUCUGCCGUCCUUGAAAUCAGCUAUGCUUUGCAGCUGCAGAAGCCAACUCCCGAGCCGCCAAGAACAAUCCACCUCUGUGGAGCCUUUUGUUCUCACAACGCCCCUUUAUUACGUAAAUGCUCCUCCCCACAUGGGAAGCGCCUAUACUACCAUUGCUGCCGAUGUCAUUGCUCGAUUUCAGAGGUUGCUGGGGAAGAAAGUUAUAUUUGUCACAGGCACAGAUGAGCAUGGGGAGAAAAUUGCUUCUGCUGCCACUGCCCGCGGUUCCAGCCCAAGAGAGCACUGCAACGCUGUAUCAUAUUCUUACAAGAUGCUCUGGAAAGAUCUAGACAUAUCUUAUGACAAGUUUAUUCGAACAACCGAUUCAAAGCAUGAAACAAUUGUGAAGGAAUUUUACUCGAGAGUUCUUGCAAAUGGUGACAUUUACCGGGCUGAUUAUGAAGGCCUUUAUUGUAUCAACUGUGAGGAGUAUAAGGAUCAGAAGGAAUUACUUGAGAACAACUGUUGCCCAAUGCACCUAAAGCCUUGCACCCCAAGAAAGGAGGACAACUUCUUCUUUGCCUUAUCGAAGUAUCAAAAAUCAAUGGAAGAGAUUCUAAGUCAAAAUCCAAACUUCGUUCAGCCUUCUUUUCGUUUGAACGAGGUGCAAAGUUGGAUUAAGAGCGGCCUGAAAGAUUUCUCUAUUUCCCGUGCAUCUGUGGACUGGGGUAUUCCUGUGCCUAAUGACACAAAGCAAACGAUAUAUGUUUGGUUUGAUGCUUUACUGGGUUAUAUGUCAGCACUAUCCCAGGACAAAGAGCAACCUACUUUACAAGAUGCAAUAUCUUCUGGUUGGCCUGCUUCAUUGCACUUAAUUGGCAAGGAUAUCUUAAGGUUUCAUGCGGUAUAUUGGCCAGCUAUGUUAAUGUCAGCUGGGCUAAGCAUUCCUAAGAUGAUUUUUGGUCAUGGAUUCCUGACAAAGGAUGGCAUGAAGAUGGGGAAGUCUCUUGGCAAUACACUUGAACCAAAUGAUUUGGUGCACAGAUUUGGGUCUGAUGCAGUUAGGUACUUCUUCCUCAGGGAAGUGGAAUUUGGAAGUGAUGGUGACUAUUCUGAGGAGCGCUUUAUUAAUAUUGUCAAUGCCCAUCUUGCCAAUACAAUUGGAAAUCUUCUAAACCGUGCACUUGGACUCCUGAAAAAGAACUGCCAUUCAACUUUGGCAGUUGAUUCAAAUAUUGCUGCUGAAGGAAGCGCAUUCAAGAACACCAUAGAGGAGUUGGUGGAAAAAGCAAGAGUUGAUUAUGACAAUCUCUCACUCUCAUCAGCUUGUGAAGCUGUAUUGGAGAUUGGUAAUGCUGGCAACUUGUACUUGGAUGAGCAUGCACCAUGGUCUCGUUUUAAGCAAGGAGGUUCUUCCAAUGAAGCUGCUGCAAAGGACCUCGUGGUUAUAUUGGAAGCAAUGAGGAUCAUAGCUAUUGCUUUAUCUCCAGUUGUUCCAAGUUUAUGUCUGAGGAUAUAUGAACAGCUGGGUUAUUCAAAGGAUCAGUUUGAGACCAUGACCUGGAGUGAUACCAAAUGGGGUGGGCUAAAGCAGGGUCAGGUCAUGGCACAACCUAAGCCCGUCUUCGCAAGGAUUGAGAGCAUAACAGAAGGGGAAGAUGGAGGUGAAACAAUUAAGAAGGUUGUGAAAGGUAAAAGAAUACCUCAGUCACAGGGAGUUGCUGAAGCUUAAACUUCCCUGGCUUCAGGUUUAUGAUUAUCUCCACCUGCUUUACAAAUUUGAUUCAGUUGAUGGGUAGCAUGAUGACACAAAGAACUAUUUUCUUUUACCAUCUAGCUUGACUUAAAAGAUUGAACUAAAACCAUUCCAUU